AUGUCGAACCGCUCUGAGGAUUCGUUGGAUUCACUUUUUCAUUACGAGCCGAGCCGCGUAGAUGCCGAGGCGAGAGGUAUGACAGAAUCCUCCGAGGCGUCUGUUUCACCGAGCCCUUCCAAUCGUUCAUCUGACGAGGCGUCAAAUCAUACAAAUCCGUCAGAUGUCGGCUCUCCGGGUGACGAGCCGUCGGUUUCGACGAGCCGUCCCCAGGACCCCGUUCCUGAUGAGGACAUUAAUCGCGCCGCACUUAAAGCCGAGGAGGAGGCAUUUCCCUUUGACUUUUUUGAGGCGAAGCGUGAAUUGGAACGUCUCAUGGCGUCCCGAGGCGCUUCCACAUCUGGGCGAGGGCCACGAGUUAAGAGACAAAAACCUGACCCGCCUGGCUCUACGCUUUGCUCCCUUGAGUCGCUCGAGGCAUUGAGGCAUCGCUUCGGGAUAUCCGAGGCGGUGGAGUUCGUCGUUCCAGAGAAGAGCGACCGAGCCGACAAGCCUCCAGAGAAUCACUUCACUCUAUACGAGGCGUUCUUCGAGCUUUGCUUUCUCUGGUUCCCGAUUCCCGGAGUGAUCCUUGAAUAUCUCUGGAAACACGGGAUCUCGAUUGGGCAAAUCAUGCCGAGGGGAUUACGGCAUAUGAUUGACAUCUUAGUUCGAAGCUUCGAAUGCGGACUUGAUAUCGAGCUGAAUCACCUGCUGAACUUGCUGGAAAUCAGGAAAGCUCUGAAAGGAAACAGAUUCUAUAUUUCCAACAAGGCAAAGCGGCGGAUCAUAGACGUUCAGUGCUUUCUUCCCCUGAUCCCCGACGACCUCUUUGUUGUUCGAGACUCUCUUUCGGCUCGGAAGGUCAAUUGGAGGAAGAAUUUCACCCUCGAGAGAGUAGAGAAAGCCCGAGCUAUCCUUGCCAGAGUCCCUGUCAGUUCUUCAUCUUCCAGCUCCUCACGGGAUACACGAGAGAAAAUGGUGAUAAUCGCUCUGAGAGAUAGGAAGACGCGCGAAGAAGAGGCGGCCGCGAGACGAGCUGCCGAGGCAGCUCAAGCGCAGACCGAGGUGGUUCCAGCGCAAACCAAGGUCAUCCCUCAACCCGACCCGCCGAGCUGGGAAGGAGACGAAAUGGUCCGAGCCGCAGAAGGCAACACUGCCGAGGCGGUCGAGAGAGAUGCAGCGCCCGAGGUGGAACCGGGAGAAAUUAUUCCCGAGGUGUCCGGGGAUAAUUUGGCUGUGCGGAGCAAAACUCCUUCGAACUCCGCCAUUUUAGCCCUCUCGAAGUCGACGAGGCGCCCGACUUCAGUUGUUCAGAAACAUGACCCGAGCCGAAAACGUUCGGCCGCUGACAAGGGGAAGGGCGUUGCUGUUCAGAAGGACGAGCCGUCCAAGAAGAGGCGGAAGCCGACGCCCGGGGACCCCGCCGCGCGCAAGUUGGUCGUUGACGACCCCGACGCCUCUGCCAUCAUGUUCUCGCGUUUAAAUAACGCGAACACGCGUCUUCCUCCUCCGGAGAAGCUGAGGAGGCCGAGGUCGUACAGCGCGAUGGCACGGCGCGGUACCAAGUUUGUCGCGGCCAUUAACGACCUGAUGGCCGAGUACGAGGCGGACCUGUCUAAGGUCGAACGUCGCUUGGACGAGGCCCGAAAUGAGACCGCGGCGUCAAGGGCGAAGCUGGAAGAGGCUCAGAACGAAGCUGCGGCGGCAAAAGGGAAACUUGACGAGGCGAUGUCCAGAGUGUCGAGGUUGGAAGAGGAGAAGAUAGUUCUCCGCGCCGACGUUGACAAAGUUUCCGCCUCGGUGAUUCGCCUGGAGGAAGCAAGGAGAGCCAAAAGCGCCGAGGAGCGCCUCGCCAAAGUAGAGGAGGGUCUGGCUAAGCUCGAGAAGGCCAAGAACGACGAGAACGAUCUGGCGCAAAUCAAGGGUAACCUUGCGAUGAUUGCCGUCCUGAAGAAACCAGACGCCCCAACGCUCGAUGAUGAGGAGGCGCAGCUAAAGAGGUGGGAGAGCGAAUACGCCGACGGCGACGCGUAUGAGCGCAUCGCCUCCGAGAUUCGAGGCGAGCUGGUUUUCUCGCCCGUAUCGCCGGACUCGGUCGACACCAGCCUUGGUAACGAGCCGCUCGAAGAGACAGUGGCCAACUUAGGCGUCGUAGAUCCGAACGGAUCGAACGCGGGUACGCUGGUCCUCUCGAACCUGCUUGCCGAGCGUGAAACGCGGUCUGCGGCCUGA